AGCGGCCCUUAAGUUACAAACUUACACGACAAAGACUUGUACAAACUAUUAUAUGAUGAGAAAUUCACACUAUCUACAACUACAAUAUGAAACCAGAGUGACUAGUGCAAUCCAAGAAGAUACGGUUUGUGGUUAGAAAUUUACACAAAAUAUAAAACUACCAAUAAACAAUAAUAUAACCUUUAAUACCCUUAAACAAUCUCUUUUCCUCAAAAAAAAAAAUCCUUAAACUAUCAUUUCUUUAUCCCAGGUAGCUUUCUAUAAAUACCAUCUGUUUCCACUCCACAUUUCUGGUCUCAUAUCCACAUCUUCAUUCCCAUUAAAACAACAAUAUCUGCUUUUUGCCCUUAAGAAACCAUCAUGCACUCAUCUCGUGCUCCGGGCCCCUGGUCGACUGGCCUCUGCGACUGCUUCUCCGACUGGGAAAGCUGCUGCUUAACUUACUGGUGUCCUUGCGUUACCUUUGGCCAAAUUGCUGAGAUCGUGGACGAAGGAGCCACAUCAUGUGUAGCGAGUGGGGCGCUGUACCUGCUUUUACUGUGGGCGGGAGUCGUGUGCUGCUACUCGUGUACUUACAGGUCGAAGAUAAGGAAGAAAUACGGUCUGGAGGAGAGUCCCUGCGGUGAUUGCUUGGUCCACUGCUUCUGCGGGCUCUGUGCCUUGUGCCAAGAGUACCGCGAGCUCCAGAACAAGGGAUUCAACAUGGGAAUUGGGUGGCAUGGAAACGUGGACGCAAAUAACCGUGGAGUUGCAGUGCCUCCAGUCGUGGAAGGAGGCAUGAUCCGUUGAUCGCGUGAAAUGUGAAUUUAUAAGAAAGAGAUCAAGACCCUUUCGCUACAUGUUGUUUUUAUGCUAUUGUUAGUCUGCUUGUAAUUGUAUUGGAAGGGAAUAAAUACUUGUUAUGUUUUUAUGCUAUUGUUAGUCUGCUUGUUGUAUUGAAAGGAAUAAAACAUAACAUGUAUGCAGUUAUGUUUUUUUUUUUUU